AUGUCCGUUAAGGGCAUCAAAAACGGUAGCAAGACACCCUCAAGCAAUAAUUCUAUUAAACCAUCCAUAGUUUCCUUAACUUCAGAUCCCUCUUCUAUGUCUGGCACAUCCCGUUCGCUGGAAAAACAUGCAUCUCAAGGGAAAAGCAUGGUCACUGUGCGCCAGGUUUCUAAAAAUGACGACGCAAUGUCUCUCUCUGACUCGGAUAACGAACUGUUUUUUACUCCACCUGCUUCCCCAAGCUCUCCUACAGGAGGUGGUGGAUCCACCAAAAUCUUGAAGCAUAAAGCUUCUUCAUCUUCUUCACCUUCUUUGGCUUCUAUCUCAUCGUCUUUGAGUGAAAGCUUUCGCAUAAAGUCACACUCAAGAGCAAGUUCAACAACAUCUACAAUUUCAUCAACAUCUUCAAAAUCAUUUCAUAAGCGCAAUAACUCUUCCGUUUCUUCUACUAGUUCAGUUACUAUUUCUUCUCCAGUUAUGAUUUCCCCCCAGUCUUUGGACUUUGCCCUUAAACAAGGGAUAGACGAGAAUUUGGUCGAAGACAUUACCCGCAUUUCGGCUAACCCACCUAGGCCAGCACCAGUACCUCCAGUACUGAUUCAAAGAAAGCAGCGUUCUUUUGAAAGACUUCCACCCACUUCUCCAACCCAAACUUCUACAAACUUUCAACCAAUAAACAAAUCACCAUUACAACAAGCUUUAACAGUUUCUCAGAAACAUGAUGAAUUUAUUAACGAAUCAACAACAACAGCUGAAAUCAAAUCUGACAGCUGUCUUAGUGGCGCUGCUUUUUUUUCAGAUGAAGGUGUGUCAGAGUUUAACAAUAUCCUGAGCCCAACAAACUUAAAAGCUUAUAAUCCCUUACAAAACCAAAUUCAGCAACAACAACAACAACAACAACUUUCUGAAGGCACUAAAACAAAAUCAUUAGAAGUCACAAGCACCAACAAUCAGCGAUCACCUCAAUCAUCAAGUGAACUUUCUCCAACUAGGGAAAAGUUUCCGUUAUUUUCUUUAGAAGAAGUUCUACCUUCAGAUAUUUCCAACCCAAUUACUCCAGCUUCACAUGAAAAUCUAUUGGCCGUUUCUUCGGCAUCUCCUUUACUUCGAUCAUUUAGUUCUUGUAAUACUUCUAGGUAUGAAGAUUUUACCCAUUUGACUUAUUUGGAUAUUUCAGCCUCAGAAUCCACACUCAACUUUAUUUCAGCCACUGGAAGACUUCCUCGAUGGAUUCAAAAAUGCACAUCUCUUCAAUAUCUUAUUGGAUGCAAACUCAAUCUUACAGUCAUUGAAGAAUGGGUGUCACAGUGUUUGAUUCAGUUACGUGUGUUGCGACUUAAUGACAAUCAAAUCAGUACUUGGCCUGACCAUCUUGCUCAACUUCUUCCUUAUGAUCAGCUCACAGUUGUUGACCUUGAAGGAAACCCUUGCUUUACUAACUUUUGUGAGCGAUGCCCUCAAUUUGGACUUGACUAUGCAAAAAGCAUAGACAAUUCGUCAAGAGAGGCUUCUAAGAAAUUUCUUUCAAGUAGAAUUGGGUCACAACCGGUUCUUGGUUUGAAAAAGAAACAAGGGUCAAUUUCGAAAAAAACUCACCAUAGACGAAUUUCGGUCCCGACUACCAGCACCAUCAUCCCUCAUCCUUCAGUUUCUUCGCCCACAUCGUCAGCCUCACCAUCAACUUUAUCUUCUCCUUCACUUGUUUCUGAAUCAUCGUUUGAUUCAAAUAAUCUUUCUGCAGAUUUCAAUUCCGAUUCUCUUAAAAAGAAACCCAGUAGUAGUUUUUUUGGUCGCCGUCACAAAAAGUCUUACAGUGCUCAACUACAGAAUACAAUUUCAAAGCUUUCUAACUUGAGCACUACCAGCAUCGAGACUGCAAUCGGAAACAGUACCAGCCUUGGUGAUACAUUUAUUAGUGAAGGCACCACAGAUAAGAAAACUGAAAAUGUUACAGAAAUUGGAGGACAUGAAGAUUCUACCAACACUGAAGUUACCCUCAAUAGUCCUACAGAGGUUAAUUAUUCCAUGCAUGGGUCUUCAAGUACUGCUUCAAAUAUCUAUAUUGAUGACGAUAGUGACGAUGAAGCUUUGACAUCUCUAGAGCCUGUUAUUAAUACCAAAUUCAUUGGCCGUGAAACACUUUCUUCCCCUUUGCUUCAAGAGUUAUCCCCAAGCACAAGCCCAUCAAUAACACCUUCGAGUUUUUCUAACGAUACUAGACAAGCUUCUUGGGCUUCCAAACAGCGAGAUUCUGCUAUGUUUUUGGUCAGCGAAACCCCAGAAAACAUUUCUAAGCUUCUUAGCAAUCAAUUGGGACCAGAUACAUGGACUCAGAAGCGUAUUGAACCUUCCGAGGUUGAAAAAUCAAAAGUUGUUUUGAACCUCCUUAGAGAUAUUUGGGAAAUGUCUACAAACAGUAUCUUAUACCACGUCCCAGACCUGACGGCAGAGGCCUUAGAAGCCGCCACUAUGCGUAGAAAUUCUGUGGCUCAUGAUGCCAAAAGUGAUCCUGUUUUUUCCAGGCUUUCACCAAUAUCUUCUACUUCAGAUUCCAAGUUACAAGUUGGCACAGCGUCCUCAGGGGCACCUUUGGGCCGUUUUACUAUAGCUGAGCGCCGUUUUGGUCAUGGACGCGCCAAUUCUGCUGACGUUAUUCCCAAGUACUCUGUUUCUAGUGGCACAGAGCAUAUCCAGUAUUCCAGAUCUCCCCAAAAAAUUACAAACAAAGAAAUGGCCAAGCUUUUAUUUAAAAUGAUUGAAGAAGAAAAGGCGUUUGUGAAACGUGUUAAUGAGCUUAUCACCAUUUACGUCAAAUCUAAAAAAUGCCCACCAAAAGCUGCCAAAAUUUUUAACGACGUUGAAUCAAUCUAUAAUCUACACUCUGAGACCGUUUACCCGGGUCUUCAAAGAGCUUAUGAGAAAUUUCUUGCACAUAAAGAUCCGAACCUUGAGUUGGUUUCUUCUCUGAUUUUGACUCAUAUCAACGAUUUUAGGGUUUACAUCCGGUAUGAAGUUUCUCUCGAUGAAUCGCUGCGUCUUGCAAACUUUUGGAAGCGAUUAAUUGGUGGCGACUCAAGCCAAAAUAUGGUGUCGUAUGGCGCCAAUGUUCCCCAUUUGUCGAAUUACACUCAUCCAGAUGCCAUCAUUGCUGAGUGGAUUAAAAACUGUCAUCGUCACAAGUCACACUCUCUUGGAAGUGUUACUGACUAUCUCCAACUUCCCACCUACCACUUAGAAAAGUACCGCGAUUUUUUGAAGAAUUUAUCUUCUUUUUCUCCAGGUCUUUGGGACGCUCACGUCCAGUUUGAGUCAAUUUGCAAGGAGAUAGAAGAGGAAAAGCCUCUUGCAGCUGAGGCUCGGCGCUAUGAGGAGUUUGACCAGGCUUAUGACUUUUCUUCACAGCUUCCCGCUCGAAUUUCUCCUUCUUCUGAGCGUAGAUACCUAGGCGACGCUGUGGUUUUGCUUAGGAGCGAAGUGUUUUUGGAGCUUCCAACAAAACAGUCUAAGGCAGAUUGUAUUCACUAUAUGACUCUUGAUGCACCCCAUUGCACUCUUGUAACAUAUGGGAAGAAGAAUGACUCUUUUCCCAAAACCAAACCUAUUUUUGAAAUAAACACUGAAAUUAGUGCUGAAGAAAAUCCUGCUAUUGCUGGCAACACCAACAAUUGCAAUAGUCCUACUUCCAAUGGUUCAUGCCGUGCAAAUCCGGUCCCAAAGGUUGUACAGAAACACAUAAUAAAGUCUAAAUUCAAUUUAGCACUUCAUCGAAUUAUUGUAUUUGAUGACGUUAUCGUGUUUACCGACGAGGACAAGAAGGGCAUUAACAGGGUUGUUCCUCGCAGCAAAAUCACAGUGACAUUACCUUGGAAGUACCCCGUUCGUGAAGGUGCAGAAGCAUUGCCAACGGGGGAUCAGGUUUCAUACAAGUCCAAGUCUUCAGCAAACUCUGUGUAUAAUCAAAACAGAUAUUCCAUUUCUUCAACUACUUUUGGAAGCAUGAAUUUACAAUCUUCAUCAGCAACAGGGCAUCACAAGGGUUCUGGCAACUCUGGUGCUCUUCGCAUGAUGUUUCAUGAUGACCCCAAGAUUUGGUACUGUACAUUACGUUCAUUUAAUUGUGAGCGCAAGCUUAAAAGCAAAGAGCCCCGCUCAAGAUUGGUUGAACUUUUUACAAUCAGUUGA